AAAAUAGAUGAAGACAACUGUCAUAGUCAUGAUUAUAUAACAGAAGAAAUCAAACAAUGGAAAAUGGCAACGGAAUCAACAAACCUCGACUUCGUAAUUUGUUGAUCUCCGAUUGGCGUUGCCGUUUCAAUCUUCCGAACAUCUCUUUACUUUUUUUCAAGGUUUACUUUGAAUGAUCGGAACAUUGAAGGCGAUGAAGCUAUGGAGACGCACCGCCGGAGCUCUGAAGGACGGCAACAGCCUAAUCGCGGCGGAAGACUGUCUAACGAUCGCCGUCGUUAAGGCUACGAGCCACGAUGAGCUCUCCAUGGAUUCCGGCAACGCUGAGUUCAUCUACCGGUACGUACGGACCUCUCCGUCGAGCCUCAGGCCGCUCGCAGGCAUCAUCUCCUCGCGCGCGGGUCGCACUCGCAGCUGGGCGGUGGCUCUCAAGGGUUUGAUGCUUAUUCACGGUUUCUUCCUCCGGAAGGUCCCGGCGGCUGAGUCAAUCGGACGGUUACCGUUCGAUCUCUCCGGAUUCGGCGUGACUCGUUCGCUGCUGAGCAGAUCCUGCGGAUUCAACCUCUUUGUACGAGCUUAUUUCGUGUUUUUGGACCAGAGAUCGAUCCUCUUCCACGACGUGAACCUCCUCGAUGAAGAAUCAUCGGUCAUGAUCCAGCUCACGAUCAUCCGUAAGAUGCAAAAUCUCGUGGAUUCGUUGAUGAGAAUCAAACCGAUAGCAGAAAACAUGAGCACGCCUCUGAUAAACGAAGCCAUGGACAACGUAAUCAUCGAGAUCCUGGAGAUCUACGGUCGGAUCUGCGUCGGAAUAGCCGAAGCUCUGCCGAAGGUUCACUCGAAAACAGGAAAACCAGAAGCGAAAAUGGCGCUGAAGAUCGUGACCAAAUCCAUAAAGCAGGGAGAAGAUCUCUGCAGGUAUUUCGAAUUCUGCAAAGAUUUCGGGAUCCCAAACACUCACGAGAUCCCAGACUUCGUAAGGAUUCCGGAAGCAGACGUAAUGGUGCUCGAGAAGCUCGUCCAUGGCGCUCCGGCGGCCGUGCGGAAGGAGAAAGAUGAACAGCCAAAGAUGGAAACGUCGACGUCAAUGGCUCCGGAGAUCGAGGAAGGCGAAGAGAGAGGGAGAGGGAGGAAUCCAGAUCUGAUAGAAAUGGAUCAUGACGAACCUGGGAAUGUUUCUGCUACUAGAGAUGAGAUUCCCGACUUAAUUAGACUCUAAUUAACAUGUAAAAAUUAUUUUUUUUAAAUUAUAAUAUCAAGAUAACACAUCCGUAAAUA